CCCCCUCUCCAAAUCAUUUUCCCUUUACGUUUCAUCUUCCUCUUUAUCACUAGCAAACUGACAUGUUUGGACACGAGGGGAACGGGUUUUUCUUGGAACUCCAAUAUCCCCAAUUCCCAUCUACCCAGCUCGGGUACAGUAGCAACAACGCCAGCACCCGCUCUGUUGAGAAUAAUUUGGAUAGCUACUACCCAGUACAUCCAUUGUCACCAUGGGAUUUUGAAUCAGAAAUCAGCGCUGUCAAGAAGGUGUUGGGCACUGAUGAUUUGCAGGUUGUAAACUCGGCACAGAAGGACCGGCGGUCAAAUAGUCCGUUAGCGAGCGAGAGCAGCGCGACAGAGAGCACGAGCAGAGCGAGUCGAUACAGUCCAGAGGAGAGAAAGGAACGAAUAGAGAGAUACAGAAGCAAAAGAAAUCUCAGGAAUUUCAACAAGAAGAUCAAGGAAGACUUUAGCAGACAGCAGACCACGCACAGCCGACCACGCGUCAAGGGCAGAUUUGCAAGAAAUAAUGAAAUAGGGAAGGCACGCCAAACAGGCGCGGAGGAAGACGACGAGGACGAAGAUAACUGGAUCAGUAUUCUUGAUGCAUUAAUACCUUAA